GCCCUGUAUUAUCGGCGAGUCAAGAUAUUUCUACUCGUUUUCCAUUUCUUUAAAAACGGUCAAAGUGCCAAAAACGAAAUCAAAAGGCAUAAAACUUGCGCAUAGGGUUCUUUGAAAUCGUGAAAAGAGAGAGAGAGAGAAAUGGCAGAGCAGCUAACGGAGGAGCAGAUCGCUGAGUUCAAGGAGGCCUUUAGCCUUUUCGACAAGGACGGCGAUGGCUGUAUUACUACCAAGGAAUUGGGAACAGUGAUGAGAUCACUUGGUCAGAAUCCCACUGAAGCUGAACUACAGGAUAUGAUCAGCGAGGUUGAUGCUGAUCAGAAUGGAACCAUUGAUUUUCCAGAGUUCUUGAAUCUGAUGGCGCGUAAGAUGAAGGACACUGAUUCUGAGGAGGAACUCAAAGAAGCUUUCAAGGUUUUCGAUAAAGAUCAGAAUGGCUUUAUUUCUGCAGCUGAGCUUCGUCAUGUAAUGACAAACCUUGGAGAGAAGCUGACUGAUGAAGAGGUGGAUGAGAUGAUCCGAGAAGCAGAUAUUGAUGGUGAUGGGCAAGUUAAUUACGAGGAGUUUGUCCGCAUGAUGCUUGCCAAGUGAUGACUUUAGAUUCUCGUGUAUUUUGUGACUGGCCACUUAGUUACUAUAACUUCUAGCUGGCAGUUUAUAUUCUGUGUUGUUGUUAAGACAAACAAAUGUACCGUAUGCUUUUACUAGCAUCUAGACUCCUUUCAGUUUAUAUGUUUUAACUUCUGGGCUACUGGUGUAUACAGCUAUAGUCCCUUGCCCAUCCAAAGGGUAAAAGAAAAGAAGAAUUUAGAUAGUUCAUUGGUAAUAUCUUGUUUGUUGCUUUGGUUUC